AUGAGUCGCGGCCGGAUCGCGCCCCGCCCGGAGCCGACGUGCUCGCCGUCCACGGGCGAGCACUAUGUCGACGCCUCGGGGGGUGAUCUCCAGGUCGAUGUGUUGAACUGGACGCUAGCCAACGACGGCCUCGCGCCCAAGUCGUGGACCGACUACCUCUACUUGUCGGUCGGCAGCACCCUCUCCAACGCCGGCGUAAGCGGGCAAGCCUUUCACCACGGACCUCAGAUCAGCAAUGUCCACGAGCUCGAUAUGGUCACAGGCAAGGGCGAGCUGAUAACAUGCUCAGAAGAGCAGAACUCAGAGCUGUUCCAUGGAGUUCUCGGUGGUCAGGGACAGUUUGGGAUCAUCAUCAGAGCCCGGAUUGCACUGGAGACAACUCCUCACGGGGUGAGAUGGAUCCGAGUACUGUACUCCGACUUCGCGGCCUUCACUAGAGACCAGGAGCUCCUCGUCUCGCUCCACAGCGCCCACCGGAACGAAAGGUUCGACUACAUCCAAGGCUUCGUCAUCAUUGAUGAAGGCCUCAUCAACAACUGGAGGUCGUCCUUCUUCUCCCCCAAGAACCCUGUUAAGUGCCGCCAGUACGCCCGCGUCGUGCCCCUCGGCUCCAUAAACCCCGGGACACGUCUGCGCGGCCAGCCUGCCCGUGCCGAACUCCACGGCCCUAUCCACCUGGUCCACGCCCCUCGACCGCGGCUUGCCUGCGCCGAACGCCUCGGCUCCAUUCUUGCCGAGCCCACCACCUCGGUCGCAGCCUGCCUACACCGAGCACCUCGGCAACUCUCUGCCGAAAUCCCACCUCAGCGUGGCUUGCCCCCCUGA